GGUGGCAACUUCUCCUCCCGCCAGCCUGGGCUCUCGGCCCCGCCAAGCUCCCGGGCCCAGCCCAGCCCAGCCCAGCCCAGCUCCGGCAAGCUCGCCUCUCCCGGCUUCCUGCGGGGGGGAUCCCCUUCACGCCCCCAGCCGCGGCCUCCCGAAAAGCUGCAGGACCACGUUGAUUUGCCAUUCUAAAAGAUUAUAUUUCCUCACAAAAUAAAAAAACCCGGCCCGGCUUGCAGGGGCGAAGCGAGCCGGGGGCCGCCGCAGCCCAGCCCAGCUCUGCUCUUGCUGGAGCCGCCCAGACGGGGAGCAGCACGCGGGCACCGAGUCCACCUGUGUCCGCCCGAGGGGGCGCCCGGAAACAGGCAGAGCGAGGCGACCCUCAGGCGCAGCCCAGGGCGGCGAGGCCCCGACCCCCACCCCCAACUCGGACAGCGGCCCCUCCAGCCUCCCCAAGGCUGCAACACGGGCUUUUCUCCCUGGCUCCAAGUGCCGCCCCAGCCCAGCCCGAAGGCGCAGAGGGGGUGCAAAGAAAGGGAACUGGCCGCUGGGGUACACCCAACUUUGGAAAAGUUUCCGGGGGGCUCUGGCCCGCUGAUUUCCCCUUUCUCCAACCACAGGUUCUGAGAUUUUUUUUCACGUCCCCCCACCUCAAAUACUGCAAUUAAUCUAAGCCUGGGGGAGAGAGGAUUCGCCCUCUCUCGCCUGUCUUGGGGAGUGCCAACAGGCGUGCCCUUUUUUCUGAGGGAUCAGGAGCCUCAGGCUCCCCGGCCUUCCCCAAACAGCCCCCUACUCUCUCCCCACCCACACCCCGGGGGACGGUGGAUGCGCGCUCCGGCUCGGGAUCCGCCCGGGUAGCGCCCCCAGGCCGCCCCGAGCGCCGGCGCCAGCGGCUGCAGGAGAAGGACGCGGCCAGAGCGGCUCCAGGCUCGCUGGGAGCCGGACGGGGGGCGACGGCGCCCCGGGGGCCAUGCGGCUGAGUGGUGCCGGGGGCGGCGGCGGCACCAGCGGGAAGAGCCCGAGCGCCUGAGCCGGUGGGAACCAAGGCGAGCGGAGCCGAGCGCGCACACCCUGGCCUGGAAGCAGGCACGGAGGCGCCCUCCGCCCCUGUGUCCGGAGCCCCGCGGGGCCGGCUGCGUCGGGAUGAAUUGCUGCGCGCUGCUCUUGUCUUUCUGCUACCUGCGUCUGGUCAGCACCGAGGGGGACCCCAUUCCUGAGGAGAUCUAUGAGCUGCUCAGCCGCCCCUCACUCCGAUCCAUCAGCGACCUCCAGCACCUGCUGCAGAUAGACUCCGUAGAGGAGGAUGUGGCCAAAGUGGACCUGAAUCUGACCCAGGCACAUUCCCCGAGUGAGCCAGUCAUCCUGUCUCGUGAAAGGAGGAGUGUGGCUGUGACCGUGGCUGAGCCAGCCAUGAUUGCAGAGUGCAAGACGCGGACUGAAGUGUUUGAGAUCUCGCGGCGCCUCAUCGACCGCACCAAUGCCAACUUCCUGGUGUGGCCGCCCUGCGUGGAGGUGCAGAGAUGCUCUGGCUGCUGUAACAACCGCAAUGUCCAGUGCCGCCCCACCCAGGUGCAACUGAGGCACGUGCAGGUCAGGAAGAUAGAAAUCGUGAGGAAGAAGCCGACCUUUAAGAAGGCAACAGUGACCUUGGAGGACCACUUGGCCUGCAAGUGUGAAACAAUAGCAGCCCCCCGCUCCUUGACCCGAAGCCCCGGGAGCACCCAGGGAAACAGAGGUGGGUCCACCCCAAACAAGGUGACAGUGCGGAGGGUUCGGAUCCGACGGCCGCCCAAGGGGAAGCACCGAAAGUUCAAGCACACCCACGACAAGACGGCCCUGAAGGAGAGCCUUGGAGCAUAGGGCCACCUGCCAGGGAGAGCAUGAUGGGCAGGCUUAUUUAAUGUAUUUCUCGUAUUGCCCCCAUGGGGUUCUUGGAGUGAGAAUAUCGUUCUUGUCUGUCCGUCUCGGUGGCCGACGC